GGUGGUGGCACCAUUCGCUUAGUUGAAUUGCUGUUGUGAAGUGAGGCGGAUUGUGCUUAACAUCGCAAAAUGAAGCUGUUUUGGUGCUGCAUAGCAGUGACAUUAUUAGCAGCAGUUCGUGGUGCAAUCGAUGUAGAAAAAACAGUGAAACACGUACAAACUAUACUUAAGUCAAAUUCCCUUUUGCCAAAACUUAGUCGAGAUGAAAUUUUGCAACUUUUAAAUGAUAUUAGAGAGGAAGAUUCAAAAACAUCUUCAGUUACUAAAUUAAAAGAGUUAAAACCAGGGAAAGUGGAAACAACAACAUUAUACAGAAACGAGGAAGAAAAUGAAGUUAGCUCAACGGACCACUUACAUUCUAGCGAAGAUAGUAAGAAAUAUGAAAGAAAAGUAAUAAACAUUACAACGACGACAGUUCUUCCAGAGGCUAUUGAAAGUACAACUAAAACAAGCAGUCAGACAUUAACUGUGGUACUUCCAUAUACACCAAGAGAUGGAGCAUCAUUACAAGAAUUAUAUACUCGCCCUCCAAGAGUGGAAGUUGUCAAAGAAAAGGUUACACCAGCACCUGAGAAAAAAACAAAGUCGUUUAAAGACUUAGAAAGUUCUUUAAAAAAUAAUGCUAAAAUUGCAUCAAAGCCAAAGUAUGACUUUCCAGCUGAACUACAAGCAUUUUUAGUUGCACAUGGUUUGGAAGGCAAUCCAGUAAAAGAUCAUUUUUUACUACCGCUGGAUGGUUUUAAGCCUUUGCCACCAGCAAAAAUAGUAGACGGAAACGUGCAACUGCCGGAAAAUAUUCUACUUACAUAUGAUUUAGUUUCACCCUCCGACUUAAAAGCCUCAGCGAGUAAUAAACACACACAAACAAAUUAUUUAUACGAACCAUUACGCCCAGAAUUUCCUUUCGAACUAGAAACGUCUCCAUCUGAAUCGAAGGACACAGUGCUUCCUUUAGAUUUGCCAAAACCUAGAAAUGGUAAAACAAUAACUACGGUGAGACCAUCCAGCUAUGAGCCAAUUGAUUAUGAUUCUAUUAAAGUGAUUCCUUUAAAUUCUGGUCCCGAUCCAAUAGAUCAAGAUAAACUACCUUUGGACAGUGACCCUAGUAAAAGGCAAAUAAAUGAUACUCAGGCGGACAGUGGAAAUAUUUCUAAUAUAGAAAUCACAACAUCCACAAGUGAUAGUAAAGUUGCGGCUGAUACCUCAUUAGAAGCAGAUAAAGGUGCAUCAAUUGCAGAUCUUGAAGAUUCGUUUGGAGGACCCCUGCCUGAGCAGCCUGGAGACUCGAUGAUUCCUCCACCAAAGAAAAAUGGCUUUUAUUGGAUGCUAGAUUGGAAUAGCUUUUUAGAAGUUGGUGAUGGAGAUAGUAAAGUCAACAUUCGUUUUGAACCAAAAUUGGGAGAUCCUCAAAUGUUUCUACCUGUCAAUGUGCCGUGAACAGUUUUUUUUGGACGAGUAGGAUUCUAGUCUUAUGGGGAUAAUUUAAUGUGUAAUUGUGGUUCAAGUAGCAUAGUGUGGGUAGGUACUAGUAUUAUUAAUACGGUAGCUAGUAACGAGAACUUUCUUUUUAAUACUUUCAUAUGAAAGAGAACAAAUAACUGAUUCAGAUCAUACCUGUUUAUUAGAUUGAUGUUAAUAGGUAUUCAUUUAUACGUCACUGGAAUGUAAGCGGGCUGGUCAUGACUGCUAGACCAAAGCGAACUAAUGAAAGUGCAUAACACGAAAACAUCGCGUGCAGCAUAAUGUACCUGCUCUUAGGUAUUAUUAUUAUGUAAAUAUGUAGUAAAGUAAUAAAUGUUAAGAUAAAUUAUUUCUAAUUUAUGUGUAAGAAAUAUGCUUACUGUUUCCAAAUAUUUACUGUGAAUACAAGUUUCGGAUAGAUCUUCUUAUUCUUCUUUUUUAAAAUCAAUUAUAUGUUUACUAAAAGGCAUAAAACGCAUAAAAGGCAUUUAUUUUCUCAAAAUUGAUUCCUUUAGAAUUCAUUUCGAUGUCAUUUCUAAUAUACUAGAUACUAAUACCUCUUUGGAAACAAAUGGUGCUCUGAUAGAGAAGAAGCAGCGCAAGAAACUCUCCCAGCAUCCUUUUUUUGCGCUCUUUUUAAUAAAAAUAUACAAUAUUA